AUGGGACGUGAUAGAAAAAAUCGGUUUGCAUAUUUGAAAUCAGCAUGUUCAAAUGGUUACACUUUUAACUUAGAUGGAUUAUUGUAUGCCAAGAUAUCUGCAAAAAAAGACAUUUCUAAUGAUGAAGUGGAUAAUGAAGAUAUAAAAGAUGAAAGAGAGGUUUGUGAAAACACUACUGGCGUGAUUGAAACGGAAACAGAAGAAGAGCCACAAAAUUCCAUUGAAAACAAAUCAUCUGAUAAAAAUAUAACAAUGAAUAAUGGCAACACAUUCAAGGAAAUUGAUAUAACAGAUGAAUCUAAAGUGGUAGAAAAUUUUAAAAAAGAGGCUAUAGACCAAGAUAAAAUGAAUCAAGAGAGCUUAGGAUAUUCAAACAAGACUGUGGACGAAGAUGUUGAAAGAUUGAUAUCAAGUUUGAUGACAAGCAAGCAGCAAUGUGAGAAGUUAAUAACAAAGGCUCAAAAUAUAUCAAGAGCUCUUUUACAUUUAUCAGAAGCUAGCAAAGAUUUUGGAAUGUUUUUGAGUGAGACAUCACUGAAACAAUUAGUUGAUUAUAAAGAAGAAAUGGCUUGUACAGGGGAAUGCUUCAGAUACAUGAAUAAAAAUACAAGCCUGCUAGAAGGUGUUUUAAACAUGUUCAUUAGUAACAUGUCAACCUUGAGUUCAAAAGCUCUUGGAGAUGCUUUGCUGUCUGUCAGGCAGUAUGAUUCCUGCAGAAUUGAGUAUGAUGCGUAUAGAACGGAAUACGAACGAACAACGAAAAUGGUGAAUGUUAGCGAAGAAAAAGUAAAAUUAGCAAAAAUGAGGUUUGAUGAAUGCACACAGAAGUUUAACAGAUCGCGAGAUGACAUCAUUGUCAAAAUUAAAAUGGUUGAAGAUAAUAAAAUCAUAUCAAAUGAUCAUUGUUCAUGUUCAUAUGCUCUUUAG